GAGACGGGGGUCGGGUGUUUAUAUAAAUAAAGUCCGCACUGCUCAUGGUUUCCACUUGACUCAUGUCUUUCUCUGUCGGUGGAAGAGCUGCACUCCUAACUGAAACUGAUAUUCUCAUUAUUUAUACACAGAAGAACUGGAACUAAUCGUCUUAAUUAUGUUAAAUUAACAGUAAACAUUGUUUGUAACCUUUUACCAUAGUUCGGUAUUGUAUUUUUACUCUUAUAAUCACUAUGCAAAUCAGAAGAGUCGUUUGGAGAUUGAGGAGCUUCAGAACAACAACAUUGAGGCAUUAGCAGCAGUUAACCAGGGUACUGAUAGAAGAUGUUGAGGUUUGGUUUGCAGAGAGCCCUUGGCCCAUGCGUCAGAAGAGUAGAAACACGCUGGCUCGGAACACACAAGCGCAAUGAAAGACUGGAGCCACUGAACACUCCCACAGGAGCUAAAGACUUCAUCUACAGCCUGCACCCUUCAGAGCGCCGCUGCUUACUGAGAGAGCUUCAGAGUUUUGAAUCCAUCGCCAUCGCCCAGGAGACACUGGAGUCGGCUCCACCCAACGCCAACCAGCUGAGAUAUGUUCUCCUCCACAACGCCAUCCCGUUCGUCGGCUUUGGCUUUCUGGACAACGCCAUCAUGAUCGCUGCAGGAACCCAGAUUGAGCUGUCCAUCGGUGUGACGUUUGGAAUAUCAACAAUGGCAGCGGCUGCUCUGGGGAACUUGGUAUCAGAUCUGGCAGGACUUGGGUUGGCAGGUUAUGUGGAAGCUUUAGUUGUGAGGUUUGGGAUGCAGAUUCCAGAUCUUACACCCAAACAGGCUGACAUGUGGCAGACCAGACUGAGCUCACACCUGGGGAAGGCCAUCGGCGUCGCCAUCGGCUGCUUGCUCGGGAUGUUCCCUUUGCUCUUCCUCAGUGAAGAAGAUGAAGAAAAGAAAGAAAGUCCUCCACCAGCCUCACUCCCAGACUCUAAAUAAGUUCCCAUUUAACACACACAGUACCACAGGACGUGGUACAUCAACACUAUGAAGCAGGUUUUCUUAACAGAGGAAAAGCUCUGUUCACCUGAGCACUGAAGGGUUAGAGAUAUGAAACUGAAACAUUUUUCGGACUACUAAAUGUAGUCCAUCGGUCAAAACACGCUGGCUGGAGCUGCAAGCUUAAUGUAGUUAACAGAAAUGCUAGGCAGUUGAACCCAAACAUGUUUUAUUUUCCAUUAACCCAAGCUCAAAUCUUUAUAUACUUGCUUUGAACAAUC